CUCUGCAGGACUCCAUUUUGAAAAAAUAGCUAGCUCUAGCUGCUGGUAAUGGCUUCCCAUAGUUGUCAAUAGAUUAUUUGUAUAGGGUUGUAGUUUCUUCAUCGAGCGGUGGAUAGUAAAAUGUAACAAAGAUGGUGCACGGUCCUAGCACAGUGUACUCUUACGAUUUCUGGCAGACCUGCAAUGAUCCUCAAGUCUGGCUCAGCUGUCUCAUGCCCAACGGAGUCUGCAUUCCUCUCGAAGUCAGCAGAAAUGCAACUCUCCAUGAAAUCAAAGAGGACCUGUGGGAGGAGGCCAGCAAGUUCCCGUUGCACGGCACGCUCCAUGACUCGGCCUCGUACGUGUUUUGCUGCAUCAACAGCAUGUCCGAGACAGAGGAGCUGCUGGACGAGAACAAGCGGCUCUGCGAUGUCAAACCUUUCGUCAACAUACUUAGGGUCAUAGAACGCUUAGGCGACAAGGCAGAGAAAACACUCAACGUUCACAUCAGUCAUCUCAUUGGAAAAGGUCUACACGAGUUCGACUCGUUGAAGAACUCUGAGGUGAAUUACUUCCGUAGCAAGAUGAAAGCGCUGGCGGACGAGAUGGCGCGCAGUCGGCAAAACAAGUCCUGGCUGGAAAGGCUCUACUACCAGUACCCCCCGCGGAUAUCACUGACAGACAGACUGCCCGAGACAGUCUGCUGUAGACUGCGCGAUGGCAACAUCAAACUAACCGUCAAGAACACAGCGUUUGAGAACACGGAGACGGCGUUCACGUUCAGUGUAAAGCACACCAUGAACCCAGUGCAGCUGCUGGGGCUGAUCUUGACCAAGAAGGCACUGAACCUGAACACCAGAGGGGAGCACGUGAGCGAGUACGUCCUGAAGGUGUGCGGGCAGGAGGAGUACCUGGUGGGCGACCACCCGCUCAGUCGCUUCGUCUACAUCCAGGAGGCGUUGAGUCGUGACAUCAUUCCCACACUGGUGGCUGUGUCUAUUGAUACCGUUAACAUCGACAUAGACCCUGUUUACGAGAAUCCCGACACGAUGGACGAACUGAAGCGGACAAGGAGCUCAUUCUCCACCCUGACCAUGCGGAAGAAGGGCAAGUACAUGUCUGCGUGGAAUAUUGAGGAGAACUUCACCUUCCGUGUGAGUGCCAUCUGCAGGGUCAACUGUGACGAUGACCGAAGUGUCCAGGUGGGGAUCCAAGCAGGUCUGUUCCACGGAGGCAAAUCAUUAUGUGAGAGCCAAAAGACUGCAGAAAAGCUGGUGUCCAAAGAUGGUGAUACGGAGUGGGAAGAGGAUUUGACGUUUGAUAUAAAAGUCUGUGAUAUUCCUAGGAUGGCGAGGCUCUGUUUUGUCCUCUAUGAAAUCUUAAAGAGCUCCAAAGGUGUCAGAUCCAAACGACUGAAAGAUUCCAGACAGGAACUGUAUGUCAACCCAAUGGGAUGGGUCAACACGACGGUGUAUGACUUCAAAAACCAACUGAAGACUGGAGCAAUGACACUGUACAUGUGGACUACGUUUGCUGAGGAAACACAGUCAGAAGAUCUGUUACACCCACUGGGCACAGUAGUCAGCAACCCUAAUGUGGACCAUUCCACUGCUCUCACCAUCACAUUCCACAAGUACCAUGCAGAGCACACAGUGAUCUAUCCUUCCAUGGAGAAGAUGAUAGAAUUUGCGGACAAACAAGAUGCUGAAUUCAUGGAGGAGAAACCAACAGCGAGCAGAAGCUAUAUAGAACAUAUCAAGAGUAUCGCAGAGAGGGAUCCGCUGCACGAGAUGCACGAACAGGAGCGUAAGGUGAUCUGGUCACUCCGAGACGACCUGGUGACCUUGGUGCCCAAACUGUUGCCGAAGCUUCUCGACUGCGUAGAGUGGAACGAUCACCGUGAAGUGGCCCAGGUCAUGUCUCUCAUCACCAGGAAGCAGCCGCCACUGCCCGUGGAGAAGGCACUGGAACUGUUGGACUAUGCUUACGCUGACCAGGCUGUGCGGAGUUUCGCCGUCAGGUGCCUCAUCAACAUCAGUGAUGAGGUCCUGUCUCUGUACCUGCUGCAACUCGUGCAAGCUCUGAAGCACGAGUCGUACCUCUACUGCGAUCUCGUGGAGUUUCUACUGAAGAGAGCCCUCACCAAUCAGAAGAUUGGCCACUUUCUCUUCUGGCAUCUCAGGUCAGAGAUGCACGUGGCUUCAGUGUCUGUGAGGUUUGGACUGAUCCUGGAGGCAUACUGCCGCGGCAGUCAAGAGCACAUGAGAGCACUGGAGCAACAAAUGUCUCUGCUGGACAAGCUCAAGACCACCAAUGAGCAACUGCGACCUCGGAAAGACAAAGAGAAGGCAAGACAUUUCCUGCAGGAGAUGCUGCUUGACCCUCACACCGUUGAAUCUCUCUCUUCUGUCCAAAGUCCACUGGAGCCGAGCUUCCGCUGCAAGAGAAUCAGGGCGGAUAAGUGUCGGGUGAUGGACAGCAAGAUGCGUCCUCUCUGGAUGGUGUUCGAGAACGAUGAUCUGUAUGGCGACGACAUCUAUAUCAUCUUCAAGAAUGGUGAUGACCUGCGCCAGGACAUGCUGACCCUGCAGAUGAUCCGCAUCAUGGACCGGCUCUGGAAGGAGGAGGGGCUAGAUCUCAGGAUGAACCCUUACGGAUGUAUAUCCACCGACAACAGGGUCGGCUUGAUCGAGGUGGUGCUGAAUGCAGAGACCAUCGCCAACAUACAGAAAGAAAAGGGCAUGUUCUCCGCAACCUCUGCUUUUAGAAAGGGAUCUCUUCUAGCAUGGCUGAAGGACUACAAUCAGACAGAGACCAGUCUGAACAAGGCUAUAGAAGAGUUUACGUACUCUUGUGCCGGCUACUGUGUAGCCACGUACGUGCUGGGCGUGGCCGACAGGCACUCGGACAACAUCAUGGUCAAGCGGACUGGCCAGUUAUUCCACAUUGACUUUGGCCACAUCCUCGGGCACUUCAAGGAGAAGUUUGGGUUCCGCAGAGAACGUGUGCCAUUUGUCCUGACUCACGACUUUGUGCACGUCAUCAAUAAGGGUCAAACCAAGAAAGAGGCACUGGAGUUCCAGAUCUUCCAGAAAACUUGUGAACAGGCCUUCAUGAUCCUUAGGCGACAUGGUUGUCUGAUCCUUUCUCUUUUCGCUAUGAUGAUAUCCACUGGCCUACCAGAGCUAUCUUCGGAAAAAGACCUCAACUAUCUUCGGGACACCUUGGUGCUGGACAAGACAGAACAGGAUGCACUGGCCCACUUCCGGUCCAAGUUCGACGAGGCGUUAUGCAACUCUUGGAAAACCUCUCUGAACUGGGCGUCCCACAAUCUGGCCAAAAACAACAAGCAAUGACGACCGGAGAAUAGUAGACUGUGACAAUGAGCGCUUCCGAUGGCAUUUCAUGGUGCUACGUAGUCCUGACCCUUUCCGCGUUUAGUUCGGCUUUCUCUCAGCUCUUAAAAAGAAUUUUGUCUCGGAUAUUUGUAAUCCUCGUCGAUGGAAGGCUAGUUUAGUUUUUAUAAGUGACUUUAACAGUAACGGAUUGGCUCUGUUCUUUUAUUAAGUCCUCGAGGGAGUUUGAAGUUUGAUUACAUUUUUUACCAUCAAUUUGUGCCUAAGGGAGAUAGCCGAAACCAAAUUAAAUUUUGAAAGGGCAAGCAUUAAUUAAUAAAAAAAACUUAAGUUAUUUUUGAUUUUAAUCCCUCUAAUUUUAAUUGUGUGUUUGUUUACUACUAUAGUACGUAAGCAAACGAUUAAUUUUAACAUUUAAAAAAAUGUUUGUUUGAAGUUGUCCACUAGUUUGUAGCCCCUAUUAUUAUGCCUUACCGAAGCACUGUUCCCAAUGGUUUGGCAGACAACUAAAUGAAUUGUGUACAUAUAGGGAUAAUAAGUACAUCUAAGCAAUACAACACAAGAGUGCAAUAGAUGUGUGUAAGUAUGUACGACUGAGUGGACUAUGUUUAGUUUUAAGGGAUUUUAUUUUUUAGUUUUAUUCGUGACACUAUUAUUUGUAUUAUUACUUUUUUAUUUGUUGUCAACACUACUCUGUGUAUUAACUGUUGUAACACUAAAUCUGUUAUCUUAACUCAAAAGUAUUUCAUGUUCAAAAAGGUUAUGGUUUUAAUUUUGUUUUGUGUUUGAUAAUGUAAAUUUCUUCAGCCUCUUGGUUGUAAAUAAACAUGGAUAAAAAAUUGAACCAUGGAUAGAGUACGUUGGUGUCAUUUCUUUCUUUGUUAUUUGUGUUGUAGAAAAAUAUUCUAAUUCUCGAUUAUUGAAAAAUAUAACCAAUCGUUUUGGAUACAGUAUUAUUAAACUUCUCGUGGAUUUUGUGUAUUGAAUCAUAAAUUUUAGUAACUCACCACUUAAUUAAUACAAUCCACAAUGGAAUUAUACGAAUUUAGAGGUUAAAAUUCAGUUUUAGGUUUGAUUUACAUAUUUUUUUCUAAAUAUCGGUGACUGAAGUAACGUACCAGGUGUGGUUUCCAAUAUGUAGAGGUAAAAAUUUUGUCGUGAAUCUCAGAAUUUUGUGGUGGAUUUCAAAAAUAUGGAAUUUUUUUAUUAUUUUGACUUUAUUCACCCUUAGGUAAAUAUUAUAUUGGAAUCCUACUUUCUGCCCAACAAGUUUUGAGUGUUCUUGUAUAUACCAAAAAUUAGUUGUCUGUUCUUCAUUUCCAUAGAUUAGAAUACAAGAUUUAGGUAUUUGGUUGUAUCACUUUUUAUUUUUUUAACUCCACUUUUUUUCUUGGAAAUAAAUCUAACCAGAUUUGAUAAGCCAAAAGACAACUUUUUAUCGUUUUGGGACUGCAAGGUCUUGUUGGAAAGAUUGUUUUAAUUCACAAUCUUUAAUCAAUUGUUUCACUUUUGACAUAAGCAUUUAAUUUGUUUAAUUUUGUGUGUACAAUUCACAGUGCAGUCAACAAUUUUGUAUGAUGAGCAGUUUGCAGUGGAUGAGCUCUGAUAAAAAUUUUUUAAAUCGUUAUCCCAAACGUUUUGUACGGUUUAGUGUUGACAUCCCGUUCCUAGGUUAGAUUAGUUCCUAGUAGACGAGGAGUGCAAUGUCGGUCACGUAGACAAUCCAGGAUAUUUAUUUGUUUUUCUGUGAGCGUGAAUCAUCAUGUGCAUGAGCGUGUGAGAGUGUGUACAUAGUUCUAGUUGUGGAAGUGUGGCACGAGGUAAACAAAUCAAACAGAACAUAAAAUUUCACUUCUGAACCAUCCGUAGUCUUGUCUAGCUUUUUCAGUUUGUUUUAUUUUUUUUGGGCGGGUUAACGCAUAACUAUUGAGUGAUAUAGUUUCAAAGCUAAAUCUGUUUAGGGUUACCAGACAUGAAGAAGAUUCCCAGAGAAUAAACAUUUUUUAUAUUUAAAAUGCUUAACCAAAAUGGCCAAAGAGGAAGAAUUCAACAAAUGAAAUUGUAUUUUAAUAGCUGCCGUUCACACAAUUUAAUUUAAUACAUUCCUUCAUUGUUGUCAAGUUUCAUAUAACGAUUACUUUAUAUAAAAACAAUAAAAAUAUAUCUAAUUUGUGUUAUAAUUAUUUUUAGACAUAUUAUAUCUACUAUUGUUUCUUAAUAGCAAAUUUAUAAUAUGUGUAUUGAAACUUAUAAUACACUCUGAGAAAUUACUGUGAAUAUAUGCAAGAAACAAUCUUUUUAAAUCAAUGAAAACAAUAACAAAGAGAAAUUUUUUUUUGCAAACCAUAAUUAAAAUGAAAACUGUAUUUUAAAUUUUUUUGUUUUGUAAAUUCAGUAAUUGUAUUGUUUUUCUUUAAAUAAGGAUUUUUUACAAUUGAAAUAGAUUUUAGAUAGCCGUUUUACUUAUUGCUAUUAUCAUAAAAUUGAACGAGAUAUAAUACUAAAUAAUGUUUUCGUAUAAGAUCUAAACAACUGAUAUGGUAAGGUACAUUUUCACGUUCUGUACAUAAUGUAUUAUCUUCAUUUGCCUGGAUUUUUUACCUAAGCCCGUUUGAUUAAAAUACGCGUAAUUAAGUACAUUUUUGUUGUAAAAAUCUCAUCUUUAUUUUCUUAAGAUUCAAAAUCGACUUGACAAAUUAAAAAGAAAUUGUAUUUUUUCUAUGUUUAUAAAAAGUUUUCUUUGUCCAAAUUCUAGCUCCAAGAUAAUUUCAGUUACACAUAAUGUAAGAAUUAUAACAGUUUUAACAAAAUUAUUCUAAAAUGUUCAUAACAUUUGUAUUUCAGUAUUGAAAUUUCUUGGAACCAAAGGAAGUGUUAUACAAAGUCAAUUUAGAUCUGGACUGUAUAUAAUUUCUUCUAAAUUUUCAAAUCAAUUUUGAGUAUAAAAAGGAGUAUAAAUAUAGAGAUUUUGACAAAAUAAAUUCAGUAAGCAGCCCCAUACCAUGAAGCAAAAUUUUACAAUUUUCACCAAGUAUUGUAAGUAACAAGUAUUGCAAUAUUAUUGAAUCAAAACUUCUUUAUUCAUUAAAAGCACUUUGUACAGAAUACAAUAGUGUCAAAUUUUUUCAACCGCAUUAAAUAGAUAGUUUAAUAAAAACGUAAAUUUCAAAUUUUAAAUUAAGAAUAAUUUAAGUCCUAAGUUAAAUUGGUUUAGUUGUGUUAAUAUACUCAACAAAGCACAAUAGAAUACAAAAUGUACAGAAGCAAUUAAAAAAAUUAUUUUUCUUGUUUUAGCCAGUUGUCAUAAAAUCAAUCAAAAUUGUAGAAAAUAAUUUCUUUUUUAAAACCAUGUUUUCCACAUUCUACUCAGAAUAUUGAUAUUCAAAUAUAUUGAUGUGUGUUUUAUAACAGUUUUUUCAGUUUUUUAUCAGGAAAACAAUAGUUUUUAAGUGAAAUUGACUAAUAAAAUUAAAAUCAACAUACAAAAUUAAACUGAUGAUAAAAUAAGUAAAUGAUUAUUCUUUGUUCUCUGGGAACAUUCUGAACCCCUUUCAAACGAUAUUUGGGUAGUAUUUAACCCUAUUUUGUUGUGAUAGCGACAUUACCUUUGCCAACACUGUUUUUCUCCUUUCAAUGUAAAUAAUAAAUAUUUAUGACCAACUAUAGUAUUAAAUUGCAUUACUUGUUUUAAUCAUAUUUCCAGUAAAGCAAGUUUUACAAUAUUUUCAUUCAUUAUUUGCAAACAAACCAUUGUCAUUUGUUUAAACCCAAAAACGAAUUACCAUGUUAGGUGAUUUAAAGUAUAGCGUUACAAUUAUUACAAUCAAUAUUUCUUAAUAUAAAACAUUUUGUAAGAUUUUAUACUGAUUUUGAUAUUGUAAUUCUAAUCCACGUUGGAAUAUUUUGUUUCAAUGUGGAUUUUCCUUAACCUUUCUGAUGUUUUGUACUUAAAAAUGUAAUUCAUUACUCGAUAUUUUAUAAUACCUCAACAUUUUUAUCACGAGGUUUUAACAGAGUUUAUUAUCUAAUUCAACAUAAAUUGAUUUCGUUUGUGUUGAACAAACCGAUCAUAGUUUUAGCCAUGUUUUUUUUUAAUAAUAGAACUAUUACUAAAUGGUUGACUAGUUCCAAAGAUUCAAUUGAACAGAUAAUAUCUUGAAAAGUGGUACACCAUUUAAAUAUUACUUUUCGUUGUAUUAUUUUGUUAAUUGAAUAAUAUAGAUUAUUAUAAAACAAAUGUCAACUUACGAGUUUUUAGUUCUAACCAAAAAUGAAGAAUACAUGGUUUAAACCGUGAAUUUGAUUUAUUUUGUAUAGCAUAAGGUCCACUUUUGCACUAAACAUACUGAACUUGACGAAAAUGCGCAAUAAACUACAGGAGCCAGUAAUUAUUUCUUACGAGUCUGUUUUUGUAUAUUGUUUCAUCUUUAAAGCAUAACAACUAUUCAUAUUUAAUUUGUUAUCCUAUUAAUGUAUUAUUCUGAAUAAAAUAUAUAUUUUCUGAGGA